AUGGCUAUGCUCCGUCAACGUCGAGCCGACGACGAAAUCACCCAAACAGUCACCCAUGACACCCUCCCACAACACCAAAAUGACGCUGAAAUCGCCAACAAUGCGGAAAAGAAACCGCGAGUCUUGGGAAUCUUUCGAGUCCAAUCGACCGGCGAGAGUGGGAGAAACGGUUUCCAUAUAAGGCAUUUCCUCUACAUUUGCUUUCGAAGCACCUGCACGAUAUCCAUGAUCGUCAAUAUCCUCUGGCCGUUUGUCCCUGCCGCAAUUGUGAUGGGUUUCGCUCGUCCGGAUCUGGAUGUCUGGGUCUUUGCGCUUAAUUAUAUUGCUAUAAUACCGACGGCCAACUUGCUGGGUUUUGCGGGAGGAGAACUGGCACGUAAAUUGCCGCGGGUUUAUGGAGUGUUAUUAGAAACUUCGUUAACAUCUGCCGUCGAAAUCAUCUUGUUCAUGAUUCUGAUCAAGACUGAUAACAGCGAUGAAUUGAUCAAUGUCAUUCAGGCGGCUAUCCUCGGCUCGAUCCUGGCGAAUUUAUUGCUGUGCCUAGGCUUGUGCUUUUUCUUCGGCGGUCUGAGACGCAAUGAGCAGAUAUUGCACGAAGCCGUUAGUGAAGUUGGAUCUGGCUUGCUUCUUGUUGCUGGAUUCGGACUUUUGAUUCCGAGUGCUUUCCAUGCGACGUUGUCGGGCUCGGUGACGGAUGGAACCAUGACGAGCGAGGAGCUUCGUGAUACAACUAACAAAGUCAGCCGAGCUACUGCCGUUAUCCUACUAUGUGCUUAUUUCAUGUUCCUAUGGUACAACUUGCGCACUCACAACAGCAUCUUCGACGAAGUCCUCGAAAAUGAAGAAAGCAAGGACGAGGAUGGCCACAAAGAACGCUACCGACCAAAGCUCACCCUUUUCGAGAGCCUUCUAGCCAUCACUGCCUCUCUUACAUGCGUCUCCCUUUCCGCGUAUUUCUUGGUCGAAAAAAUCCCGGCGAUCGUUGAGCGUGGUGUGCCGGAUAACUUCAUGGGUCUGAUUCUGGUUCCUCUGGUCGAAAAGGCGGCUGAACAUUUGACUGCUAUCGAUGAAGCUUGGGACAACCAAAUCAACUUUGCUCUUUUCCAUUGUCUUGGACCUUCCAUUCAAACAGCUCUGCUCAAUGCACCUUUAGUUGUCCUGGUUGGUUGGGGAUUGGGUAAAGAGAUGGACCUGAACUUUGAGAUCUUCAUGGUGAUCUUGCUUGUCCUGUCUAUUCUCGUUGUUGGCAACUUCUUGCGUGAUGGCAAAUCCAAUUACAUGGAAGGCGGACUCUGUGUGCUUGUCUAUGUGAUUAUUGCUGUGACUACGUGGUACUAUCCAUGA